GUCUUGGGUCAGAUUACGUCCCCCUGUCACGCACACUUCACACUGUUAGGGUGUGAGCGGAGUGACGGACGGGGGUCAAUUCCUUCGCUGUUCCUUUGAGCGUCGGGUGAAGUUCAGAAGUUCGUCCUCAGUGCAGGUCAACAGCUGUUAAAAUCAUGUCUGCUUUUCUGCAUCACUGCCCAUUCUUGAAGUCCCCUCCAGGCCCUCCUCUAAGGAAUAUGGCAGCGUACUUUGGAUUGGCUGACCGAUGUCCAAUCAUUGUCCGCCAGAUCUCUGUAAAAGCCACCCAGUCCUCUGAGGAAAAAGACCUCCUCCCUCAUAAGGAGCUUAAACGGCAAUUGGCAACCACAGCCACUCAGGUGGCGAUCUCCAUGUCCCAGAGCUGUCCCUUUGUUUCCUCUAAGAUUGGACUAGUUAAAGCCAGUCCACAAGUGCAGGAGGAUGUCCAGCCCAAUCUUGAGAAUCAAGAUAACUCUGGUUUGAUGAGCUCGCUGUUCAGUGGCUUGCAAAGUCAUCAGUCCACUGGUCCUACACACCUUCUUGAAGACAACUUUACCAGACCCAGUUUCAACUACGAUGACUUCUUCACUCAGAAGAUUGUGGAAAAGAAGAAUGACCAUACUUACCGUAUCUUUAAGACGGUGAACCGUUUUGCAAAAGUUUUCCCUUAUGCUGAAGACUAUUCCAUCCCUGGACGCUUGGGCUCCCAGGUGUCUGUAUGGUGCAGUAAUGAUUACUUGGGAAUGAGUCGACAUCCUCGUGUUGUCAAGGCCAUAGGAGAGGCUUUGCAGAAGCAUGGUGCAGGAGCAGGCGGCACCCGAAAUAUCUCUGGGACGAGUAACUAUCAUGUGGCCCUGGAGAGUGAACUGGCCCGUCUACACCAGAAAGAUGGAGCACUUGUCUUUUCUUCCUGCUUUGUAGCCAAUGAUUCCACUCUCUUUACUUUGGCUAAAAUGCUCCCAGGUUGUGAGAUCUACUCAGACAUGGGUAAUCAUGCCUCCAUGAUCCAGGGCAUCAGGAACAGUGGGGCCAAACGCUUCAUUUUCCGACACAAUGAUGCCAGUCAUCUGGAAGAGCUGCUCAGCCGCUCAGAUCCACUCACACCCAAAAUCGUGGCUUUUGAGACUGUUCAUUCAAUGGAUGGUGCAAUUUGCCCUCUUGAAGAGCUAUGUGAUGUAGCACAUAAAUAUGGAGCUCUGACUUUUGUGGAUGAGGUCCAUGCUGUCGGACUGUAUGGGGCUCACGGAGCAGGUGUAGGAGAGAGAGACAACGUCAUGCACAAGAUCGAUAUUGUCUCUGGAACUCUGGGUAAGGCAUUUGGCUGUGUGGGUGGUUACAUAGCCAGCACUGCUGCCCUGGUGGACAAUGUGCGCUCCUACGCCGCCGGUUUUAUCUUCACUACCUCCUUGCCUCCCAUGGUGUUGGCGGGGGCUUUGGAAUCGGUGCGUGUGCUAAAGAGCCCAGAAGGCCAAGCUUUGCGCAGAGCCCAUCAGAGAAAUGUCAAACACAUGAGACAGCUGCUGCUGGACGCUGGACUGCCUGUGAUCAACUGCCCUAGCCACAUCAUUCCUAUUCGGGUCAGUGUUUGCAAAAACCAUUAUGUCCUUAAUGGGAUAGUUCACCCAAAAAUGGUGGAUUGA